UAGCAAUAUAAAAAAUAUGAACAUACUGUGGCUUCCUCCAACGCCACUUUUAUCCUCGCCUGCGAAAGUUGCUGUCGCAGUGUAGCUUGAGGCCUUGAGAUUCAUAGCAAGCGCAAGGAGGAUUAUUAGCGUCUAUGCAAGCAGGCACCUAUCAACCAAACUCACUCUUAAAGCCAUUCUCAUAAAAAACCUAAGUCACUUUCUUUUAAACCAACCGUUGUACACCUCACCUCAACCUGCUUGUUAAUGGCCACUCACACUUCCUCAUUUCUCCCAAUUUCACUUGCCAAAUCCCAAAUUUGCAUAGAAAAACCCCAACAAUGCCCGUUGCUAUUUCCGCUGAGUUCAUUUUAUGGUAACAAGCUGUUGAUUAGACAAUCCAAUUUGAGCAAUUUCGUUCUUAAGUGCCAUGGCUCCACGGUUGCAACAGUGCUGUCAAGUCUCCCAACCAAGAAACACUCUUCGGAGAAGAUCCCAAAAUGGUCCGCGAGGGCGAUAAGGUCAUUUGGUUUGGGAGAAUUGGAGGCGAGGAAGCUCAAGUAUCCAAAUACUGGAACUGAAGCGCUUCUAAUGGGGAUUUUGAUUGAAGGAACAAGUGCAGCAGCGAAGUUCCUAAGGGCUAAUGGGAUCACCUUUUUCAAGGUUCGAGAAGAAACCGUUGACUUGCUUGGAAAAUCUGACUUGUAUUAUUUCAGCCCUGAGCAUCCCCCAUUGACUGAACAGGCUCAAAGAGCCCUUGAUUGGGCUGUUGACGAGAAACUAAAGUCAGGUGAUGAGGGAGAAAUAACCCCUAGUCAUAUACUUCUGGGGAUUUGGUCAGAAAAAGAGUCUGCAGGUCACAAAAUUUUGGCCACUCUAGGUUUCAAUGAUGAAAAAGCCAAAGAGAUUGCUAAAUCAAUGAAUGAAGAUGUUGUCUUGAGCUCAAAAUAGGGAGGCCAAUAGCUUUUCUGGAACGUGUCUGGCUUGUCAAGUGUUAAUCAUAAUACCAUCUCCUGCACAGCUUCCAGAGUCUAGAUAGUCCCUCCUGGUUAAGCCAGUUUGUCGUUAAGGAGCUUGUUCCAUUUUUGGCAUUUGUUUACAAUUCUUAUGUCAAAUGCUUUCUCAGCUGGAUAUGUUGAAAUUUGCAUUUUUCUGUACGAGGAAUUUUGAGGAAUCCGAUUCUCUGGCUCUAUCUGCAGGGAUUUAUCUUCUUGCUGAUUCAAUCUUUAAGUUGUUGCUUUUGUUUUAAUUAAA